CCCACGCUCUCUCGCUCUCUCUCUUUUUUCGCUCUCUCCUCUCGCCUUCUUUACACCGCAUUCGUAAACAAAGACAAUGAAAGCUCCAGUUGAACGGCUGAAAGACCCCAAAGUCCCCAGAUUGUUUUUUGCCGUCGAGCCGACCGCACGUAUUCGAAUAAACAACACUAAUAGUAGUAUAUAAUAGUGCAGUAUUGUGUUAAACACGCGCGUCUCUACUGUCUCGCUCUGGCACACACCCAUACACUCUCGCGGGUCCACACAACAGCACACAUACCUAUACAUACAUACCUGUAAGAGAGCGAGAGAUACGAAAAGUGGUGCAUGGAAAAUCGGAAAAUCGGAACUGAAAAGUCUGAAUUUUGUUUAAACAUAGCUUUUCAUUCGACUGUCAGCUUGAAAUUGAAAGUGUCGGCAAAAAAUGUUAAUAAUAGUCUGAGCAUUUUAAGGAAUCGUAACAAUAAAUAAUCCCAAAAACCCGUAACGGCAAAAACGGAAACAUCUGGGCGCGAAAAAAUCGAUCCGGACAAUGUGAAAUUUGCCAAAAUUUCUCGUACCUCUCAAUGCAAGCAACAAUUUUUGGCAAACAACAAGCAAAAACGACAGCGAGCUGAAGAUAUAGUGUUAGUAGAUGGAUAGUUAAGCGGCGUGUUACGUUGAUAUAGUAAUAAAAAUAUAAAUAAAAGCGCGGCGCAACAACCGAGCGGCUUAGUCAUCCGUGCAAGAGAUUCGCUUAACUACGAGAUACAAAACACCAGAUACCAUAUACAAACUGCAGUCUUGGAGUCUCCUAACCAAAAGGGACUUGCAAAUCUGAAGAUCUACAGAGAUAAUAUAAGAAAUAACAAUCUUACGAGAUUCCAACGUCAAGCGGUUGAUAAACCCAAAAACUAAAGGAACUUGAAAACCUGGAGGCCUACGUAAUUACAAAAAAAAAUUGCAGCAACAAUAAGGCAACGCCUACGACACGCCAGUGAUUACAACAACAACAUUAUUAUUUACCUAGCCAGCGUAACCUGUUGUUGUAGUUGUUUUUUUUCUUGUUGGUGUUUUCGUUUGCAUUGCAUUGUUGCUCACCUCUCGCCAUCUAAAAUUGGGCAUUCACAAGCGGCUUAAAUACGAGGUUAACCAUCGGCGGCGUAUAUACAUAUAUAUUUAGCCGGAAUCUGCAAGUGGCACACCUGUGGCCACGGGUCAGUUGAACACCAGUUGGAGCAACAGCAUCACCAUCACAAUUACAAUCACAAUCACAGACAAUGUCGAGACUCACCGAGGAAAUGGUGAUUGCGCGGGCCAAGCAGUCCGAUCUGGCCCUGAUUAAAAAGCUUAAUUGCUGGGGCAGUGAUCUCACCGACGUGUCCAUCAUCAAGCGAAUGCGUGGCGUGGAAGUUUUGGCUCUGAGUGUCAACAAGAUCAGCACUCUGUCGCCUUUCGAGGAAUGCAACAAACUGCAGGAAUUGUAUCUGCGCAAGAACAACAUCUCGGACAUCAACGAGAUCGCCUAUCUGCAGAAUCUGCCGGCCCUCAGGUAUCUCUGGCUGGAGGAGAAUCCCUGCUGCGAUCGAGCGGGACCCAACUAUCGAGCGAUCGUGUUACGCGCCCUGCCCAAUCUUAAGAAACUCGACAAUGUGGAGGUCACCCAGGAGGAGCUGGACGACGCCUUGCGAGGAGGUGGUGGCGCCGCUCCUGAGGAUGAGGUAUACGAAGAUGCAUACCAGCAACAGCAACAGCAUCAGACUUCCCGAACGUCACCGCAGCAAAUGCCGCAGCAGCAACAACACAGCUACCCGCAACACUCACCGCCGCAGCAACAGCAGCAGCAGCAGCAGUAUCACCAGCAGCAACAUCACCAACCGCAGCAGCAACAAUCACAGCAGCAGCGCCGCAGCUCCAGUCCCAUGAAAGAGCCGCCGCAGUUGGCCAGUCCGCUGGUCAAUAACAGCAGCGAAGGAAGCAUUAGCCACAGUGCCAGCGAUCUCUGCCAGGUGCAGCAGGCUCAGCCGCUGAAGGGUUCACAGCCACCCACGCCCACCAAGGAACCCGUGCAUCCGCCAUCGCCCAUGUAUAACACCAUAACCAAAGAGCAGCGCACCUCCUACCACCAAUACGAUCGCUCGCCGGGAUCCGACCAGGAGAGUAGUCCGCACGCGUACAGGGAGGUGCGGCCCACGCCGCUGCCGCCCAGCAUUUCCGCGCACUCGAUGAAGGAAUACUAUCAGUCGGACAGGCCGGCCUAUCCAGCACACUAUCGUCACAGUCAGACAGACCUCACCGAGUGGGAGGAGCACCAGCAGGCACCCCAGGUGCAUCACAAUCCCUAUGGUAGUCAAAUGCAGUUACAUCAUCCGCAGCGACGCAGCGCGGGCCCGGAGACAACGGCCUACCGGAAUGGCAGUGCCCGGGAGAAUGGCGGCGAAUGGGAUCCAGAGGACAGGCCCAGGUCGAGACGACCUGAGGGUAGAUAUAGUGACUCGACCACGACUUUGUCGGCCUCUGUGAUGAAUCACUAUUCGGGCUACCAUCGCAGGCCCGUAAACAGGAGCUCGAAUCUCCUGUCCGCCACUCUCUGCUUGGUGAAGGAAUUGGACUAUGCCAGUCUGGAGGUGCUCGAACACGCCGUGCGAUGUCGCAUCGAUGAGAUGGCAGGCGAAUGAUGAAGACGACUCUCUAAUCGCAUGUCGAUUAGCUAAUCCAACGCCUUGCGGGGAGUUGCACACACAAAUGACCAGCAAAAUAAAAAAAGAAAAACACUUAAAAGACAAAAACAGGAAAGGCUGCAACGGAAGAGAAUGUGGAAAGCUGAUAUUAUACUAACGUCUAAGCAACAAACAAAAAUGGAAACAAAUCAAGAUACUUAACGAGGAUAACGAUUCAUACUUGCCAAUUGUAAACUGUCAUAGUGUAACUAGCAACUUUUGUAAGCAUUUUGUCAUGUAACGAACUUUGCUAACGGAAUCAGUAACGUAGGAGAUAAUCGACGAAUAAUUAAUGCUUAGAUUGAUUUUAACCUACUGAUCCCAGAUCCUGUUCAGUUGAUACCCAAUCGAGCACCGACCACAAAAACAAAAAAAAUAAAUAAAAACUAGCCUUCUUUUGUACUUAACUCGAGAAGAUCGAAACUAAUUAACUAAUGACGCCCAAGGCGCCGAGCACAAUGUAUCUUCCUUGUUUCUCUGUAAGAUUAGUUGAAAUUUAUACUCAUGACUUUGUUAAAUAUUUGUACACGAAAGCAAUUAACGCUAUACCUUAAUUUUAAUAUAUUUACCUAUAAUGCAAUGAACACGUCCAGUUUAUGUUUGCUGUUCUCUAUUUAACGAUUUCGUUGGAUUUAAUACUAUGCGAAGAAUAAACAAAUUAACAUAGA